AAGUAACAACUGAUUAAGUUAACUACAUUACGAAACAUUUGGUUGUAAUAAUGAAGACAUAAGUCAUAAAUUUGUGUAUUUUGGUUAUUUAUUGUCAACUAUAUACAUGUAUAGACAUUAUAUUUCUAUAGACUUAUUUCUGUUUUGUACGGAACAUUAACAUUAAAUUGGUACCGGAGUUUUAAAAGGGCUACCAAGACAUACGCGAUAAUUUGGAAAUACUAAAUCAGAUAUUAGUCCGAGUUUCAACGUAUUACAGCAGCCAUGAAGUGUUUUCUAUCAACAAGUGUGAUUUUAUUGUUAAGUUUAGAUUGUGUUGGCGCUAUAGUAUACUUCUUCAUGGAAGACAACUGUAAUGGCGUUGUGGACAUCUCUUACAUAGAUCAAAUACGACUGCAGCUAACUCGACACAGUUCAUACAGGGCAAAUAUGAACUGUAAACUACUUAUUACUGCCAACACAACGGACCGUUUGAUGCUUUUCUUCAAGGACUUUGAUGUCGAAACAAGUGCUUCAUGUAACCUUGAUUAUCUUGAAGUUCAUGAUGGCAACAGUAUUAACUCACCGUUUGUACCAGGACUAUCAAAAAGGCAGUGUGGAAGUUACAUGAGUAGCUCUGUAAGCAAAACAAGCGGCAAUAAGCUUUUCCUCUACUUUCAAAGUAGUAGUGUUCGGCAGGAGAGAGGGUUUGACAUGAUCAUCACUCAGUAUCAUACCGGUAAAUGUCACGAGAAUGAGUUCUCGUGCAGUAAUGGACGCUGCGUCUCUUCCAGUUUGGUUUGUAACGGGUACGAUCCAUGCGGGGAUUAUUCUGACUGUACCAGUGAGCUUGCCACCGGAGUCAUUAUUGGCAUUGCCGCCGGAUCCUUUUGUCUUUGUCAUCUGUGUUUUGUAUUUGAUAUUGAUUUACCGCCGACGACGACGCCAAAAUUACGAAUUGAUUGAAUAAAAUGACAGCCAACAGCAAGAUUUAUAUACUAAAUUGUACGUCUGGGUCUGCGGUUUCUGCAGCGGAUAUUCAUUUGACUCAAGUCCGAUACAAAAUCCAAGAUGGCGUCCAUGAUGGCUGCUAAAAGCGCCGAUCAUCUAGAAUAUUCAUGUUGGCUAUUUUUGUUUCCAUAUUAUUGUAUUUCAAAUAUAAAAACUGCACACAAGUUGUCAUUUAUAGCGUUUUAUUUUAUAAAACUUCAAUUUAAAAAAAAAUAUAUGUUUGUAAUUCAGCAGUAAGACACAUAAAGUGAGAGGCUCUACAUAAGGAGUUUUUAAAUGUACUGAUUUGUGCAAUCGAUUAUUUUACUCUAUUCUUGUGUUUGUAUCAAAUUAUAAUUUCUUGUAACAGAUACGCAUAACUUACCAGAAAGAUGGUUAUUGCCUCUGGUUAUUUGAAUAAAUCAUACCCACCCACUGUUUCUUUGUAGCUACAGAUUGUACGGAAUGACAUCAUUUACGUCAUACAAUUUAAUAUGAAAAGAUUGUUACCGAUGUACGAUUUUAUGAAUUUCCAAACAUGUUUUACCAAUGAAAUAAUAUACAUCAUACGUUGUAAGGUCACCUAAUGAUUUGAACUGUGUACAAACAUACGUUGGGGAUUUAGCCU